AUGUUGAGUGUGACGUGCAACAACGCAUCAAACAAUAACAUGAUGGUCGACAAGCUUGUGAUGUUGGUUCCCAAGUUCACAGGAGAAGCGAGCCACACCAGGUGUUUUUUGCACACCAUGAAUCUUGUCGCAAAGUCCCUGAUAUGCGAGUUUGAU